AUGACCGACGCUGAAUCUGCCAUUUCAGCCUCGGGCGACUCGAAAGCAGAAUCAUCACUACCGCCAAGUCAAGAUGGCACACGACCCAAGCGGAGCAAGAUCAACCAACCGUCGUUGCCGGCUCCCACCAACGCAGCCAGGCCGAAGGUUACAGUUUCGCACGCGAGGGAUAGACCGACAGAAGACGACGAGUCGGUGACUUCGUACGAGUCAUUUGCCCAUUUACAGGAAGCGCAUACAGAAGAUGUGACGAUCACGACCUUCCCACUCUCGAAAGGAGAGAAGAAGGCCAUCCUACGAAAGAAGGGUGCAUCAGCGGAAGAUGAACCGCUGGUUGAUACCACGGCCGCCCUCACACUGAACUCGAAGAGGACGGCACGCUUGCAGAAAAGGCAAGAGAAGAAACAAUCGCGCAAAGUCCAUUCACACAUCCAGUCGUUCCUCGAUUUCCCUCCGGAGAUUCUGUCGCUCAUCCUCGGGUUUCUUCGACCAAGCGAUGUCUUCAGUCAAUUGCGACUGAAUCACUUCAUGCGCAAUUUCAUCCUCGAGAACGAGAGGUCUCUUGCCGAAUCCAUAACGCGCCGAUGUUACUGGGUGCUGAGACAAUGUUUCCCGUUGCCCGUGCUGCUCGAGAAGGUCCCAGCUUCGGCUCGCCCUGUCCUUCUCAGCCCGCAGUGGCAGGACCGCAUCAAGAUCCACAGGAACCCGUAUCAGCACAUCAAACAGAUCGACCCGGCGGUUGUGUGUACGUGCAUGAGUUGUCUCUUAAGCUGGAACAAUCUCAACAUCAUCCUGGACCUCGCGCACUGGCAGCGGAACUUUGAGAACAGGGAACCGUUACCCAUCAUCCCUCGUGGCAAGAACCCCGAGUGGAACACCAAGCUCCUCGCAGACCACGCCGACAUCGUGAUCAAAGCCAUCCACAGCCCGUUGGCGCAUUCACGAAUCCUACAGACCCAUCUCGACGUCACCACGCGCACCAUCGUUCGGUCUGCGAGGUGGCGAAAAAAGGGCGAAAAGGUCACGACUCCAAAGCCACGGCUGUAUCAUCUCACAGACGAGGAAGCCGAAGCCGGUACAGAUGAGUAUUUGGAAAGAAGCGGUCCGCCGUCAUAUCAACCCAUCUAUAUGCGUGACAACUAUUACAACAUCGAGGCGUUUGUGCCCAACAGGAAAUGGGAUAAGGAAACCCAAACAUGGCAUUAUUAUUCCAAGUGGCCGAAACCGCAUGAAAAUGACUUGGCCUGGCUCGUUGCUCGAUUUUCUUCGUAUCAAGCACAAGCACAAGCCCAAGCCCAAGCCCCACCCCAAGUUCAAGUCCAAGCUGAAGCUGAGGCUCAAACGCAAUCAGUCAUACAGCGACUACCGAAUUGGGGGUCAUCGAGCUAA